UUUGUUUGCCGAGUUGCCAUUGGAGAAACACACCUACCUCCCAGGGACAGCAAUGCAAAGCAACAGGAUUUCAUUUUAUUAUAUAUAGACACCAAAAACGUUCAGCUGCCUUUCUCUUUCUCUCUCUCUCUCUCUCGCCCUGGGUUGAAACGUUGAAAGGGAGAGGCAACAGAGAGAGUCCCACCUGUUUCUUACUGUUCUUCCUGCGCAAAAUCCAUUUGUUUUCUGCCCCUCUUCGCUCUGAUUCUUCGACCAAACGGUCAAUAUCCGAAUAUCUUACACGCCCAAUAUUCGGGCACCUCCUCCAUUGCGGUUUUAUCCUCCCAGAAACUUGAAUAUAUUCUCAAUUUUCGCAUUUUCCUAUUUGGUGGAAUUUGGCUUUUUGGUUACCCACUUGUCAUAAAUCAGACUCUGGAUGUGGGUAUCCAUUAAAUCAUUGCGAAAAAGCUUAAUCACAAGGUUUUGAGUCAUGGGCAGAAGAGGAUUGCAGGUGCUUGAUGAUAAUAGAAAAGGGGUUUUCCCUAAUUGUGAUUUGGGGCUCCAAUGGGGUCUCCAAGAAGGGGCUUUUCACCCCGGAGGCCUAUUCGCAAGCGUUGGCCAGGUGGGAAUGGGGUUCGGAAUUUCGCCGAAUUCCCCAAAUUCUCGAGACAACAACAAUGCUGGUUUGAAACUUCCGUGUAUGGACCUGUAUGUGAAGUACGUAUCCUCACCUGAUGGGUUUAAAAUCUUGGGAAUUCCGGAGGCAGCGGAGGAAGGGAGUUCCAAUAAGGGGAAGGUUGGUCUAAAAUUGAAGGUCAAGGUUGCAAAUCCUUCAUUGAGGAGGUUGAUAAGCGGUGCAAUUGCAGGAGCGGUGUCACGGACAGCCGUUGCACCAUUGGAGACUAUAAGGACGCAUUUGAUGGUUGGAAGUAGUGGGCAUUCUACGACUGAGGUCUUCAAUAAUAUCAUGAAGACUGAUGGAUGGAAGGGGUUGUUUAGGGGGAAUCUUGUUAAUGUGAUCCGGGUAGCACCAAGCAAGGCUAUAGAGCUAUUUGCUUAUGAUACAGUCAACAAGAACUUGUCACCCAUACCUGGAGAACAGCCCAAAAUUCCUAUUCCAGCAUCCCUAGUCGCAGGAGCAUGUGCGGGAGUUAGCUCCACCUUGGUCACAUAUCCUCUUGAGUUACUCAAGACUCGAUUAACAAUACAGGGAGAUGUUUAUAAUGGUCUAUUUGAUGCAUUUGUGAAAAUAUUGCAAGAGGGUGGACCUGCAGAACUCUACAGAGGCCUCACCCCCAGUCUAAUUGGAGUAGUUCCAUAUGCUGCCACCAAUUACUUUGCCUAUGAUACAUUACGGAAAACCUACCGGAAAAUUCUCAAGCAGGAGAAAAUAGGUAACAUUGAAACCCUUUUAAUCGGGUCUCUAGCGGGUGCUAUUUCAAGUAGUGCAACAUUUCCCCUUGAGGUGGCCCGUAAGCACAUGCAGGUAGGGGCUCUUAGUGGGAGACAAGUGUACAAAAAUGUAUUACAUGCUCUGUCAAGCAUACUGGAACAGGAGGGCAUCCCGGGUUUGUAUAAAGGCCUUGGCCCGAGCUGCUUGAAGCUGGUUCCUGCAGCUGGGAUUUCAUUCAUGUGCUAUGAGGCAUGCAAGAGGAUAUUGGUAGAGAAUGAGGAGGAUGCAUAGAGAAGAGUUUGCCCUCCUGUUGGAACCAAGGGAAAGAGGUGGGGGAUAGCAUACAUUGCUAUGGAUGCCACUUUAAUUUAUUUUGCAUUUCCCUUUCUUGUUUUUGGUUUUUUCUUCUUUGCUUUUUGCAGCUGGGACUCGAUGAAGGAGCCUUGUUUUUUAGGUUAGAAACCGAGCUGUCUUUUUCGAAGACAAUUUUAGCUGGCAUUGGUUUGGCUUUUUAUUGGGUUAAGGAAACAAUUUUUUAUGGCUUUGGUUUUGCAUUUUAUUGAGUUAAAUAAUGAACUAGUAAUUGAAAAAUGUGAUGAAGGCCAAUGGCCGUUGAAAUGAGAUAGCUUUUUAUAUAA